AGCAGUGCGGCCGACUCGCAGGAAACAGAGCAGGCCACGGCUCGACCCCGCUGGGUUUUAUUUACAGGGUUGUGAGGGGGCUCAUACAUAAUUCACAGAGAAGAAUCCUCCGCAAAAGAGGAAGACGUCCUCUCACACCACCACGGCUCCUCAGAGCUGGAGACGGACCUGCAGAUAUCCAGAACUGACCAACACCUACAGAUACACACACAAAAACACACACACACAGCAGAUCUAAUGGCGAAGGGUAAAAAGAAGUCAAGUGAGUCAAAAGGGAAGAAGAUCACCCUGAAGAUAGCCAAGAAUGCGGUAAAGCUCACCGUUGAUGGGAAGCGGCGCCUGGACCUCAGCAAUAUGGAGAUCGCCACUUUCCCCAAGUGCAUCCUGAAGCUGUGUGAUGUGGAAGAGCUGGACCUGAGCCGGAACUUUCUGAAGGACAUCCCGGAGAGCAUCGAUCGAUUCGUCAACAUGCGAUGGCUGGACCUGCACAGCAACAAUCUGGAGAAGCUGCCUGAGGCCCUGGGGCGCCUGCAGGGGCUCCACAGCCUCAACGUGUGCAACAACCGGCUGACCACCCACGGCAUCCCUCACGAGCUCGGGCUUCUGAGGGGCCUGAGGAGCCUGAACCUCGGCAUGAACCGCAUAGAGAUCGUGCCGUCUUCCAUCGGCGCCCUCAAGGAGCUGCGCCAGCUGCGUCUCUUCAACAACCUGCUGACCCGCAUGCCACCGUGGCUCCACAGCCUGCCCAACCUGCAGACCCUCAACAUCAAGUGCAACCCAAUAACUCCAGACAGUCCCCCUCCACUGGACCUCAAUGAAAGGGCAGAAUGCCUGUGUGUGGUCAGUGAGGACUCCCUGUGUGAGGAGUGCCUCCUGAAGCAUAAGGAGAAAAAGGGCAGGAUAGACCACUGGAUCAAUGAGGCUCCAGUCACUCGGAAAAUCAUCCCCGUUAGGUUGAUUACACCCAAUUCUGUGGCACAGCAGGAUCCUGCAGUGCACCGAUGAGAAUUACCGACAGGAAUACAGUGCUAUGCUCUAAAAAAAAAAGACCCAAUGCUUAUUUCAUGGCCGUCCAAUGAAAAAUAUUUAUCUCUAAAACAUAAACUAUACAGGAGAAAGAUAAAACUUUCUGGACUUUUCAAUGGAAGUCAAUAUAAAAAAGAGUAUUUCCAUUGGUCCAUUGAUAAAAAGAUUUUGACACUGUGUUAGGGACUGUUUGUGCGUUCACAUUAUGUAGAAAACGUAAAAGCAUUAAAAAUGGAGAUACUUGUUUUUCACUAAACAGCAACAAUUUGUCCUCUAACCCAAAACACAACAAACAUGCAUCUCUUAGACAUCUACCCUAAAUGGACCUUUAAAUGGAUGAGAACCACCUAGAAAAUACAUAAUUAAAAAUAUUAAAUAAUAUUUUUAGUGAUUUAUUAACUAUUGUAUGUGCAGAUGCUUCAGUAAAUACACCGUUAAUUAUUAUUUACCUUGCUAUUUAUAUAAUUUUAUAUACCCAUUGUAUAUCAUAUUUAUGCCCUGGAGCUAACACAAGCAAUGCAAAAACAUCCAUCUAUCCUUCUACUGUGAGAAGGCUGAAGCUGAAAGGAUGUGUAAAUGAUCAAAAGAAAAGAUAAAACAAACAGAGAAGCUUCUAUUUUUUUUAUCAAUGGACUAACUGCCCCAGAGUCCAGACCUCAACAUUAUUAAAUGCUGGAUGGCUCAUUUGUAUUCCCUUCGCAUAUGAAAAUAAACAUGUCCGCUAGUAAA